UCUCUCUUUAGUUUUAUUUCCAUUUACUGCCUUCAAAAGAGCUUUUAAUCUUUUUAAUCCCACAAAACAAUUUAUUUGUCCGUAGACGGUAAAAGAAUACUUAAACAUGGCUGUUGCAAUUUUAGUGCUUCUCCUCACGUUGACAUAUCUACCUGGACUGUUUCUAGGAUUGUCGACAGAUGCUGCGGCUGCUGCACAAGUAACUUCAUCAACUGACGUUUACUCUGAAUCACCUUGUGAACUUCAAGCAAUCUCAGCAUACAAAGAUAACCAAGGAAACGUAUGGGGAAUAGGUGACGGUAAUCUUUGGUGGUUUAAUGCAACUAAUCUCUCCUGGUCACUACUUCCUCUUCCAAAUGGAACUGCAGCAUCCGAGCCAUGGAGAGUAGCAUGUGGUGAUCCAAGAAAAUAUAUCGCCGUUGUCGGUAAGAAUGCAACUCUCGUUCUUCAUCUACCAUGGCAGCACUGGCAGUUUGUCGAUACAGAUGACGUCAGUUUAGGAUAUGUUGACAAAGAUGCCACGUGGUGUGUAUUUGGAUUUUUAUUUGGAAUAGAUCCCUUACGGGAAACACUUUAUCUCCUCGAUCCCGAAGAAGCUCAUUGGACAGUAAGACAAGAUUUACCCGUUAUGGACAAUGUAAAUUGGUCCACACCUCUAGGAUUAGUAAACACCUGGAUCGGACUAGAUAGUGAGCUGAUUCUGGUUGAAAAAUUUGGAGAUUAUAAGCACGUUAUGUAUACCAAUUCAUCCGGCAUAUCAUGGGUAGUAAUGGCUGAAGAUACCCAUGCUGGGAAGUGGCCAAAUCUUGACCAAAGUGAGUAUGGACUUUCUCUUACGUGGAAUAUGGGCUCAGAGAAGAUGUGGUUAUGGAAGAAUGAAAAAGGAGUAGCCGAGUUAUGGUACUUUAGCUAUAAUACUAGUGAAUGGCACAGAGGAAAUCGUCAUUUUGAAAAGAAAUUACCUCAUUUGUUAAAUGUUUUGACUGCUUGGAAUGAAGGUGACAAAUACUGUGUUCUGCAGCGUAGCUCUGAGUGUACUGCUCAGUACACUUUAAGUCACAAAAAUUGUUGGUCAGAACAUGAAAUGAUCCCAGUUGAUGGGGAAUUCGAUAAUGAAGACCCUACGACUCAACUUACGACUAUAGUUACAACUGAUGUUUCGACACAAUCCGAAGGAAUCAAUGCUAGCCAGAAGUCAACAUCCCGGGUAAUAUCACCACCAUCAACUACUAAAGAAACUUCACCAUCUUCUGUCAAUAGCCGCCAUGAAAUAAUCAGCCUCAUUUCCAAACAUGCUGCUAAGACUACACGGAGGUCAUCGGAAAGAUCUAAUGAUGCAAUAUCUAUUACCCCGGCUCGAAAUUCUGUCUGGCAUCAGCAUACCAGUGUAUUUGGAUCAGUUAUCUUUUUUGGAACUUCACUCACAAUAUUUGGCUUGGUUGGAUUUUUCUGGUGUGUGCGUAAAUGUGUACAUUUUCCGAAGGAAGCACUUCUCUUGAGAGACCCACCUUCAGUGCGGUACACUGCCAUUCCAGAUUCCUUGAGUUAUGAUUCACGAAAACCGACUCCAGCUACUUACACUGUUAUUCCAGAUUCCAUUGCUUAAAACCAAGACAUGUCAAAAUCAUUUUUCUCCAGGAAUUUUUCUCAUUGGUUGAUGUGGUAUUAAGAAGACUUUUAACGAACCACCGGAAUUUUUUUUCUUUCUGAGCCUUUAUGAAAUUCCUUACAUGCAAAAUCUGAUCAAAUAUGUAAUACUGGGAUACUUUAAGAAAAUCUUCGGCAAGCCAUUAGAAAACUUAUCGUUUGAAACGCGUUGUACCUUCAAAAAGAAGAAUGAAGCCCCUUACUGAUGUGAGGCAAUCUUAUAUCCACUGUAUCAUUUUAAAAGCAGAUGGUUUUUCCUAAUUUCCACUAAAUAUUUUAUUAAUACUUCCUGUGAAAAUAACUGAGUGGUAAUUUUGUUAGCAAUUUGUGUUCUUCUUGAAAGAUCUUAAGAUUAGGUAAUGACUGCAACGUCUUUGAACUUUCUGAUCACACUGUAAAUUAAAUUAUGUUUUUGUUUUAUCAUUAAGUCAUUAAUUCCUACUUACCUUGAUAAAUAGAAACAUAAUUUUAUAUUUGAAUACCAUUUGAUAAAACGAAGUUUAGCUUAUUUUACUUUUUAUCAUUUUACUCAUAUAAGUCUA